AUGAUGACUAAGCUGCUAAGAGCAUUGAUAGAAAUGCCCAACGCAGUAGUUUCCUUCAUAUUUGCAUCAAAGACAAGACCUCAAUUAUUACUAAAGGAUUAUGAUAAUUUGCAUCGAGUUGGUGAUUUGUGGGCAGCCAUUAGCGAUAGACAAAGGUCAAUGAAGGAGCUUGGUCACUGCGACCUUUCUACAGCACACAGGAAAGUGAGAUCGAAGAUAUGA